AUGUCCCCAUUAUCAUACUUAGUGAUUUCAGGUGGGACAGGAGCUAAUUCUAUAGCUUCUGCAUUCGGACAUUCACCAGCAUUCGUUUUACCCGUUUCUGAUGAUGGUGGUUCUUCAGCAGAGAUAUUAAGAUGUUUCAGUGGUCCUUCCAUUGGCGAUAUACGUUCUCGUUUAGUUCGGUUAAUCCCACUGGCUGAAAUUCCCUCGACGGAAGAAGAGAAAGAACGUUUGGCAAUACAUUCUUUAAUGGCUUAUCGUUUUCCUCCAAAGGGGGAAGAAAAUAAAGCGAGAGAUUUAUGGAUGGAGAUUGUUGAAGGAAGAAGUUUUUUAUGGGAAGGGAUAAGGGAAGAUAAAAAGGAAUGUAUAAGAGCCUUCCUGGUCCACUUCCAAACCCUCUGUCUACGUCGAGCCCACAAAAGAUUCUCUUUCCGAAACUUUUCCCUAGGAAACGGAUUCUUGACCGGUGCUCGCGAUUUAUUCUCUUCACUCCCAUCGGCCAUAUUCCUCUUCAAAGCCAUUGCUGGAGUGGACCAAACAGUCGCGGUCAUACCAGUAAUCAACACGAAUCAGACUAUCACCAUCGCUGCACAUUUGAGAAAUGGGAAUACGUUAGUUGGACAAUGUUCUAUUUCUCAUCCUACUUCUUCAAAGAUGGUAAUUACGUCUUGUUCAAAACGUUUGAAUGGACUGAAUGGAUUAAGGAGAGAUUCAAGAACGUUUGAUACUCAUGUACCACCUUCUCCCAUUGAAAGAGGGACGAUUUCAGUUGGGGGUGGUAUAGAAGCUCCUGAAUUGGUAAUCACUGAGGAAGAGGGUUUGGAUGAUAAUGUGGGAUAUAUGAAAGGUGAGAAAGAAAACCCUUUGGAAGCUCCUGUGGAAAGGGUUUAUUAUAUCAAUUUAUAUGGUCAAGAAAUAUACCCCGAACCUAAUCCCGAUUUCUUAUUCGCGAUCAACCAACGUGAUAUUUUGGUAUACUCUUGCGGAUCAUUAUGGACCAGUAUAAUACCUUGUUUAGCGCUCAGAGGGUUAGGUAUGGCGAUAGCUACUUCAACUAGUUUGAAAGCGAAGGUUUUGUUAUUGAACUCGAGGAACGAUAGAGAAACACCACAUUACAAAGCAUCAGAUUAUGUAAAAACGAUCUUGACUACUUUAAGAACAUACGAUCGACCUACACGUUCUCCGUCGACUUGGGAGGCAAGAAGGUUGUUUACGCAUUUGGUGUACUUGGUAGGUGGGGAAAUAGAGGUGGAUAGCGAUGAAAUAGAGGUAUUGAAACUCGUCUGCGUACCUCGUGAGAUUCACGGGACGGAUAAUAUGUUCACUGUUGAGGCUGUGGAAUGGGCUAUGAGUAGGUGUUUGUGA